AUGGAUGCUGUAAACCAAACAAGAGUAACUGAAUUUGUCUUCUUGGGACUCACAGACAACUGGGUGCUUGAGCUUCUGUUUUUCGUUACCUUCUCAAUUACUUACACACUAACGCUUCUGGGGAACAUUCUUAUUGUGGUUACCAUAGUUUUUACCCCACGCCUCCACACGCCCAUGUAUUUCUUCCUGAGCAACCUCUCCUUGAUUGACAUCUGCCACUCAUCUGUCACUGUGCCCAAGAUGCUGGAGGGUUUCCUUUUGGAGAGAAAGACCAUUUCCUUCGACAACUGCAUUGCACAGCUCUUCUUCCUGCACCUGUUUGCCUGUGCCGAGAUCUUUCUGCUGACUAUCAUGGCCUAUGACCGCUACGUCGCCAUCUGUACCCCGUUACACUAUGCCAUUGUGAUGAACAUGAAGAUUUGCGUCCGGCUUGUCUUUGCUCUCUGGCUGGGCGGGACCAUCCACUCACUGGCACAGACCUUCUUGACCAUUCGCCUGCCUUAUUGUGGCCCCAAUGUCAUCGAUAGUUACUUCUGCGAUGUGCCUCCUGUCAUCAAGCUGGCCUGCACAGACACAUACCUCACAGGAAUGCUGAUCGUAUCUAACAGUGGUACCAUCUCUCUCACCUGUUUCCUGGCUUUGGUCACCUCCUACACAAUCAUCCUAGUUUCUCUUCGAAAACAGUCUGCUGAAGGCCGCCGGAAAGCCUGGGCUACCUGCUCAGCCCACUUCAUGGUGGUGGCUUUCUUCUUCGGACCCUGUAUCUUCCUCUACUCUCGGCCAGACACCAGCUUCUCCAUCGACAAGGUGGUCUCUGUCUUCUACACGGUGGUCACCCCUUUGCUGAACCCCCUUAUUUACACUUUGAGGAAUGAGGAGGUAAAAAGUGCUAUGAAGCAGCUCAGAGAGAGACAAGUUGUUUUCGUAAAAUCAUGUACUUAA